UCUAUCAUAAUUUUCGCAUUCAAUCAAUAAAUCUGGAGGGAGGAAGUAAACUAGGAUGAGUGGAUUUUUUUCGAGGUCAGUUUUUAGCAAAUAUUUCCGAAUCGAAGAAAGAUACCGAUAUUCUCAUGAAUACCUUUUUUAUAGCCCUCAUUUUUUUCUAGAAAAAAUGUUUUCGCGAAAAAAUCGUUAUUUCCCUUCAGUGCCGAGAUAUCAGCUAAAAAGUGGUCUCGAAAAAAAUGCACUCAUCCUAGUUGACCACUUCACUACUGCUUCAACAUUUUUUUUCACUUUUCCUUUAGAGUUUUAAUCGUAUUCUCUUUCUGUUUUCCAUCAGCCCGAGGGUUUGUCCAGUUCCAGUGGUGACUAAAUCGACAAUGAUAGAAUCGACUGUUGAUCCGUGACGAUGAGCGUUGGGCAAACGGCAAAUUCCGAGUUCGGCCCAAAGGCCACAAAUCGCCACACGAAACUGUUGAUCUACUUUGUGGUCGCUCAAUUCGUGGUCCAAGUCACUUGUUUUUUUUAUCUCUAUGGAUACAUAACGAGGGUGAGCAGUGAAAUCCAUGCAACCUCUUCACAACGAGUCAUACGAGAGAAACGAAGUAGCGCACUACCCAUUCCUGAGGAAAAUGCCGUUUCUGAAGUAUUCAGGCUUCGAGAUGAAAAGGAGGUGGGUAGAGAAUCAAAGCGAGCUACUGUUUUACCAGACGGGCCCGUCGGGGACACCCCAGAACCGCCCUCAGCCUCCAUUGGCAGUGACAGUUGGGUAUGGCUGACAGCCGACACCCGCGUUCCAUUCAACGCAAUGGAUGCAUUAUGCAGAAAAUCGGCGGAAUACUGUCCCCCAGGAUCCCCAGGGACGCCAGGUCUCCCCGGAUUAAUGGGAGACCGAGGAUUGCCGGGUAUUCCAGGUCCAGUGGGUCCAGAGGGUCCUCGAGGCUUGCCAGGGCAUUCUGGUGAGCGUGGACCACGGGGUGAGCCAGGAGCCACCGGACUCGACGGUAGAGAUGGAAUUCCUGGUGAACCAGGACUCGACGGGGUGCCCGGUAGAAAUGGUGCUGACGGAUCACCUGGGCGUGAUGCACAACCAGGUCGUGAUGGUACACCCGGUUUAUCCGGGAGAAAUGGCACCGACGGUAAACGAGGAGCUAAGGGCUCACCAGGACCACAAGGACCCAUUGGGCCACCGGGAUCACAGGGACUGCGAGGAAGUCCAGGAACUCCAGGACAGGAUGGAAAGCCGGGUAUACCUGGUGUGGUAGCUUGGGAAGUGAAGCGCAGAAACGACAGCAAGUCAACGGAACUUCUGAUAGCACCGUCUAUCAUCGGGGAGGGUUUGCCGAAGCCAUUGAUCGCGGUGAGGGAGGGCUCACAUCUUCGAUUGAAAUGCGGAGCCAGUGGAAAUCCACCCCCUGUUGUUCAAUGGUCCAAGGAGAGAGCUGCUAUACCAAUGGGCCCAUGGCACGUUUCAUCGGUGAUUGGAGAUACCUGGAACAUCACGAAGAUCAAUAGAGAACACAUGGGGGAGUACACAUGCAUUGCUAACAAUGGUAUCCCUCCAGAGUCUCGUCAUACAUUCCGACUCGAGGUUCAGUUUCCCCCAGCCAUCAGAAUAUGUCACGAAAUAAUCCGGGUGCUGCCAACAUCUCAAGCUAACGGCAAUACAAUGGCAGUUUUGGAGUGCAACGUCGAGGCAUUCCCUGAGCCAUUGACCUGGUGGGAAAAGGAUGGUGGUAAAAUCCUCGAUCCGUCAAGCAAGUAUCGAAUGGAAAUUUACGACAAGCAUGACAUGUACAAGUUCAAGAUGCGACUGAACAUUACGAAAAUCGGCGAAUUAGAUUACGGAACUUAUCAUUGUGGAGCUAAGAAUAUCAUUGACGUCACCAUGGGAAAAGUAAUGGUGCAGCAGGGAACAAGGAGAAUUGGAAUGGGCUAUACAGAUGGCAGAGAACGUCAUGAGGUCCUGUACGGUGCAUCAGCCCCUGAAAAAAUCGAUUUAUCCGAUCUUUGUCCACCUCAGCAAAAAUGUGAAUCCUGUCCAAGUGUGAAGUGCGGAUAUUCCGGUUCUGGUGGGUGCUUCGACAUAACACGACUCGUCAGCAAUAUAACUUACACAGGACUGCCCCCCAGGGCUGGAGAGGGAGUGCUCGAUUUAAUUGGCAAACCGGUGUAUAAAGGAGCCACUGAUGAUGCCCAUGGAUAUUGGAUGUAUGACACCCUCGCAAAAACAGAGAACAACACUGAUAACAUCAAACUCUGGGUCACCAGGAGCAAUGAUACCUCUUAUCUCUAUGAGUACAAUCGAAGGGAAAGUGUUAAGAACUCGAGACCAACCCCUCACAAACUUCCAUAUAGAUUUAAGGGUAAUGGCCACGUAGUGUACAACGGCUCAUUCUUCUACAAUCCAGAGUCUCGACCCUCAAUCUACAAAUUCGAUUUAACCCACUCUAACACUUAUCACCACUCACCAAAAGAACUCAUUCUCCCUGGAUUAUCGGUGUGGGGUGAUAAUUACCUGUACUCCUCUGACCAUGAGAACAGCUUUGUUGACUUUGACGUUGAUGAAAACGGUUUGUGGGUGGUGUAUGGUUUACCACUGAAUUAUACUGCCGUUAUGAAGGUCGAUGCUGUGCACAUGAGAGCACAGUAUGCUUGGAAUAUAAGCCUGGAUCACCACAGAUUUGGCGAAAUGUUCAUUGCGUGUGGAGUACUAUAUCCGGUGCACAAUGUUACAGAAUCAGCGAUGAAAAUCAGCUUAGCCCUGGAUUUGUACAGAAAUGCUAUCCUCAACGUUGAUUUAUCACUGUCUAAUCCAUAUCGCAAGACCACCAUGAUACGCUAUAAUCACAAGAUGAAGGAAUUGCACACGUGGGACAAAGGAAAUCUUCUGGCAUAUCCAGUUAAAUAUCAGGAUAACGCAACGUUGACAUCGAUAACUUAAUCACAUAAAAAUGCAAAAUAACAAAUAUAUGAAAAAAAAAAAACAAAAUGGAAAACAAUCGGAUUACGCGUUAUUCAGCAGAUGCAUCUCUUGGUACAUAUCGGUAAAUAAAAAAAGUGUUGAUUUGCCUGAACGUACCACUGCGAUGGAAAAAUACAGCGUGAUCAUUGAUCUCCACAUUUUUUACCCUUCUUUCCAUUUCGAUUUAUUGAAUAUAAAUAUUGACCUCCUCGAUAUCCCCUAGGAAUGGUUUUCCCUAGAUAUUUUAUACUAAAAAAUAAUUGUUAUUUUAUUAAGCUUAUGAAAUAUUCUAUGUGUAAGUGGAAUGUAUGUGCGGCUCAAUUUAUAUGAAAUUAUAUUCAAGCUAUCGCAAGA